AACUUAACUAGACGUCAAUGUCAUCGGUUGUCGCGUUUGCACAAAAACCUUUCGACUUCUUUCCUGCUCUUCUUUGCUUUCCGUGGGUCGCGCUUAGCUAUCCUUGCAAUGGCUUCACGUGCAAUGACCGGCGAUACCUUUACUGAUGAGAAGACACCACAAUCGCCAGUGUCGCCGACAAACACAGACGCCACAUUGAGGGGCGACGCUGUUGAUAAUGAUAGUCAUUCGACUAUACCACCCUCAUUGCGGCCCCCAUUGCAAAUCAACUUAUCGGUCGACCUUGAGAGUGCACAGCCUCAGAAUGAGAAGAAACGACCGAAACUCCUACAUCGGAUUACAGGCCCUUUCAAGUCCGAGCCAGAGCCAGAACAUGUCCUUGAAACCAGGACAAGGAAACUUGAGAACACUCCAAAUGGCUUUCCUCGCCUUGCAGCUUUUCAAUCCAGUGACGCGAACUUCUCAUUAUAUCGAUCAUUUAGCUACUUGCACUCCCGGGUACUCUUAGACCUGCAAGAUGAGAUCACCAGUUUAGAAAAGGAGUUAGACGAGAUUGACUGGAAUGACUUUGAUGAAGAGCCAGACCGAUUGAAGAGUAGAGAGAUUGACAUCGACAGAGCAGACGGUGAAGAGACGACGCGGAAUCGCAGACUAAUUCUACGAGAGAUCAGGGAGAAGCUGAUAGCAUAUGAUGAGGUCCUUAUCAAAGCCCGAACCCUCGAGUCCUUUGGGAAACCGUCAAAUCGCAAUUACCGUAGUGUACGGCGAUACCACCACAGCUUAAAACCACUCAUGGACGCUGAAAUGGACUCUAUUCGCAGUAAAGAAGAUAUUGUCUCGUUGCACAGCGGCCGUGAGUGGGCAAAGUUCGACGGCGGUGUCGAAACCAUGAUCGAGCAGGCUGAUCGGGUAUUGAAAAGGGUGUUCAGGACAAAGACGCCGCCGCUACAGAAGUACUUCCGAACGCCAGAGUUACAGGAGAAAACGUCAAACAAGCACAUUUCCUACUAUAGCAGCUCUCGCAUCGACAAACUGGUUAACAUCCUCAUUACCUUUAUAAUUUUUAUUCUACUAGUCAUUCCUGUUGUCACCAUGUACCACCUCACUAGUACUGCCACGCACGUCGAGGCUAUUCCUACCUCUUCCGACAAUAGCACUUCCGCGAGCAAGAGUGGUGCAUCAGGGGGGACGGGGACAGUCGACAACAACACUAGGGACACGUUCAAUGCUGUAGGCGUUUUGGUAGUGUUCACGCUCUUGUUCAGCUCGGCCAUGAGCUUGUUGACGAAAGCGGCGAGACACGAGCUUUUUGCUGCGAGUGCAGCGUAUUGUGCAAUUUUGGUGGUGUUUAUUGGGAACUUCACGGGGCCGGGAAAUUGA